AUGCGAGCUCCGAACAUUACUCAGGCGGGCCUCUUGAUCCUUUCGAGGAGAAUUGUUCAACGCCCAGAGGAUGACCCUGAUGCGUUGGUCCUAGAAGCCUGGUCCCAGGGCCUUAUGACGGGCUCACUGGUCAUCAUGGCGGCGGUCACAUUUGCAAACAUGCGACCGGGUGUCUUGCUGCACAAACUAAUUUUACUAGAGUUGAUCUUGGCCACCGCUCACGGAACCUUUAUAUUUGCGCCAGACCCUGUAUAUGGAUGGUACUUGGCCUCAACCGCAAUCGGAUUGAUUAUAUCGUGGUCCCUGCACAACGUGAUUGCGUGGAUGAAGAAUAGGCCGUUCAUGAGCCGUGGACUGUCUCUCUUCUACAUCGGGACGAUUAUCCUAGUCCAGCCCUACUGGGCGGCCGAGAUAUACGCCAACUUCGCAUACUUUAACAAUAUAAGUCUUGUUGCGUACGAAAAGAUCCGUCCAUGGGAAGCACUGUUCCGCGACCCAUGGUGGAUUUACACAACCUGUAAUCUGUUCUGGGUAGUAAAAACACAUUACAACUUCGGACUCAUUGAGCUGGUGCGCGAAUGCCCCCGCUUUGGCCUCAUGCUGGGUUCAAUGUGCCUCUCUAUUCUGUUCAGUGUGGCCGAUGUUCUCAGCGUUACUGGCGUACUCAGCGCUGCAAUGCCCACCGGAAUCAACCCUUUCUGGAAGCUAUGCUUCAUGUUCAAAUGCCUCUGUGACACUAUUAUUCUGGACGACUUCAAGACCGCACUUGACAAGCUCACCGGAGACGGCGCAGCACGCUGGCGUGCAAUACAUGUCGAGAACGACGGACAAAGUGCGACGGGAAGCGACCCAAGUGCUCUUUCUGUGUUGAGCGCAGCAAGGACUGCUUCUACCAGGAAGCCCAAGACCUUGCACCCUCUCCAGCUAUCGAGGAUAUGGGAGCAGCUAGAGCGCAUUACUGCAGUAGUACAGGGCCAGUCUCUGAAAAGCUCUCCCUCGCCCAAGAGGCAGCAGCUAUUUCGUUCCUUAACAAAUCACGAUGCGUCUAUUGGGUUUCCAAUUAUGGUAAUCCAAAACACAGCAUUCAUGAACCUCCUUGGCCUGGAUCACUCCCUACCUGUGUUCCUCGAAGGCUUGGAGCGCGGAAGACCAGACAUAUAUCCUCAGCCACCCAGCACCCCCACUGUGAUUAUCGAUAUCCAGCAUGCGUCACUCCUUCUCAGCGCAUUUAUGAGGCAAAUCUACAUUUGGUACCCAAUUCUGCAUGCCGAGUACACCGAAGAGUUCGUCCAGGCUAUAACGUCCUAUUUCCCGCCCUCGGUGGGGUCUUGCCUCACUCUUCUUAUUUUAGCGGUUGGAUGUGUGGCGGAGUGCGAAACCAUUACGGACGCUGUGCAGAGACGCCCGGAGGCGAUAUACAUACAGGCGGCUAUGGAGAUGCUCCCAUGUGUCUUUGCAGACAGUAGCUUGCGCAGUGCGCAGUGCCUGCUCCUGUUCAGUAUAUACCACCUUUGUUGUGCGCGACCCUGUCAGGCGCACGACUAUGUGGUGAUGGCAUCGUAUAGACUGCAGAACUAUUUGAUAAACGAGAUCAGGGUCCAACUGGACUUCGUUGACAGUGGAAUCUGGAGCGUGGCUUCAUAUGCCCCAGCCCCAGCAAGCUCAGCAACCUGGACCUGGAAUAAACCAGAGCCCUUCGAGUCUCCCAAAAAUACAAAUGGUAGAAGCGACAGCGAUAGGGACCUGUCAUACUUCGUUGCGGAGAUCGCUAUGCGCAAAAUGCUACGGCGCUGCACCUGGUCGAUCAGCACCCUGCCCCAUGGCAGCCACAUUUACGCACCUAUUGUCGCCGCCGAGCUGGAGCGCCAAUUGGAUGAGUGGCUGCAAAUGCUGCCAGAGGCGUUAUCAUUCCGCGCUUCGAGUUCAUGCAUCGGGAGCUCGCGGCGGAACUCAGCGUGGGGCGAGUUCUUGCGCACGCAGUAUUACGCGUUCAAGACAUCGAUUUACUGGCCUGCGGUCUAUGAAGCACUCAGUUCAGGCGAGGCAAACGACGACCUCCUUCUCCACUGCAGUAAAUUCUUUACUAGCUAUGCUGAAUUCGUUACCAGCGCCGCCGCUGCUGUAACGCUCUGCAAACCGAAUAUCUGGACUUUGUAUGCGAGUGUGUUUACCAUUUCGAUGGCGACAUUGGCAGCGCUAGCGGAACCGUGUCUAUCUGAAGUAGCAGUGCUUCCGGGGGUUGCCCGAGGCCUCAAAUUGGCUGUUGAAAUCCUCGCAAAUGUGGCGGACGUGAGCCCCUCGCUUGGGGAAAUGAGUGUGAUAUUGAACGACAGGGUCUUUCAAGGCAACGUUCUGGCAAUUUAG